AUGGCGUCCGUAGACCCGCCGUUGGGAGCGGUCGUACAAGUUUCGGUCGGACGGGGGACGGUGCGGUUCAGCGGCGCGACUUCAUUCGCGCCGGGGAAGUGGAUAGGGAUUGAGCUGUACGAGCAGAAAGGAAAGAAUAAUGGAAGCGUCCAGGGCGUCACAUACUUCAACUGUAAACCAAACUAUGGUGUGUUUGUCCGACCCAGCCAAGUUACGGUCGUUUCUGCAGAGCCUGAGCGGCCUGCGCCUCCAACUGCACGGACCGCUCCUCGACCAGGCCUGUCUCACCAGCGGACACCGAGUACCGCCAGUGCAGCUGGUUCUCGGGCAGGGUCCGGCACUGCAUCCAGGUCCGCCAGCCCCUUGAAGCCCUCACCCAAGGCAUCCCCAGCUCCUGGUGCACAAGGCCCCCCUACACCCCGCCUCGGCUCCCCCACGAAACGUCUCUCGCUCGCCGGCGGCCUGCAGGCCCGCAAAUCCCUCCCGCGCAAUGCGUCUCACGACAAUAACCCGCCAUUCAGCCCGACCGUAUCCUCGCCGCUGCAGACGGAGUCCCCGCCAGCGCCAGCGCCGCCGCGGAAACUUCCUUUGAAACGCGUAUCAUCCCCGCCCCCUCCUCCAGCCCCGGAGACCAGCUCCCUGCGUUCAGUGUCUCCGCCGCCGCCCCCUUCUGCUUUUCCUAGGGAGCCUUCCCCACUCCUUUCUACGCAACCACUGAAGCCGCCAUCUCGACCCCCUUCCUCCUUGUCCCGACAGAAUCAUUCCCAGGAUGACCAGGAACUACAGGAACUCCGUGCAAAAGUUCGUGUCCUCGAAGCCAAACGCGCCGACGACGCUCGCCACGUCCGCGAGCUCGAGACCCGGCUCUCCGAAGCCGAAUCCUUCGUCGCCCUCCGCCCCAAGUUGCAAGCGAAGCUCAACCAGCUGCAGACCGAGCUGACCGCAGCGCGCCGUGAGCUCUCCGACUCGAAGCAGAUCUCGGAGCUGUCCGAGAGCCGGAUGCUCGACGCACAGGAGCAGCUGGAGAUGGCGAUGCUGGACAAGGAGAUGGCGGAGGAGAGGGCGGAGACGGCUGAGGCGGAGCUGGAGGAGCUGAAGGAGAGACUUGCUGUCGCAGAGGUGGAGCUGAAGGUACUGAAAGAGGGAGGGUCGGUGGGCGAUGGUGGUGCGAGUACGGAGGGAGGGUCGGGAGAGGGCAGAGACGAUGGGAAGUCGUCGCUAGCGUAUAUACAACUAGAGAAGCAGAACGAGCGGUUGAAGGAAGCAUUGUACCGUUUGCGAGAGAUCUCGCAAGAAACGGAGUUAGAGCAGCGACGCCGCAUCCAAGAGAUGGAGAAGGACGUUGCCACCCUAGACGAGAUCCAGAGCCAAUACGAGGAGACCUUGAUAAAGCUCGCCAACGCAGAGGUCCAGAUCGAAGACUUGAAGAUGCAGCUCGACGAUGCCCUGGGCGCCGAGGACCUCCUUGUCCAACUCACGGAGCGUAAUCUCAUGCUGAGCGAGAAAAUCGAGGAGAUGCGAAUCACAAUCGAGGAUCUGGAAGCGCUGAAGGAACUCAACGACGAGUUGGAAGAAAAUCAUAUGGAAACGGAGAAGACGUUACAGGAGGAGAUCGACGCGAAGGACGCUGAGCUGCGAGAACAGCGCCGCAAGAUCGAGUCUCUGGAGGAUGUAUGUGUCGACAUGGAGAACACGAUCUCGCAAUUCCGAGAGCUCGUCAUGAACCUGCAACAGGAACUCGAUACGCUGCGCGCGGAGAAUCAAACUGUCCAACAGGAGUCCGCUUCUGCGGCAUCGCAGACCGCAGCGAUGAUGUCCCUCAACCUCAAGCUCCAGUCAUCUGCAUCCAAGAACCAAGCGAAGACCAUUGAGCUGGAGCUCAAAGGCCACGAAGCCCGUGAGGCUCGUGAGCUGCUUUCGAUUGUCCAGCCGUAUCUGCCACAACUCUAUGUCGAGUCGGAUAGCGACGCGACGAGCUGUUAUCUGCUCUUCCAGCGCCUCGCUUUCAAGACCGAUCUCAUCAAUGCGAUUGUGGGACAAGCACAUGGCUUGCCGGAUUCGUUGAACGGACCCGUUGCCGACGUCCUUGUCGGUAUUUGUGAGAUGCGCGGCAGGAUUGCUAGCUUGUCCAACCUGUGCAAACGCUUCGCUGCCGUUCUUCGGCGCUGCGACGCAGAGUCAUUCCUGAAUAUCGGUAGGCUCUACCCGGAACUCGCACCGAUGGAGAAGCGGAUCGACUUGCAUCUCGACUUGCUCCGCCGCGACGAGUUCCGUGAGAUGGAAUGCGUCAGCGACGUCGUGAAGUUGCAGGCACAAUUCGACCAUUUGGCCGAGACGUACUUUGCUGGGUACGACCAUGAAUUGGGUGAAAGGGAGCUGGGCUACGCUUCCGCGUUCGACCUCGAUCUGGACAUGGUGGCGGCAUCCAUGGGCUUGGCGAAGACGUCUGUCGCGGCGAUAAUGAAGGAUACAGAUGUUGCGCUUGAUUUGGGCGGCCUUGACAUCGAGAAUGAGUUCUUCGGGCCUCUGCAGAAGUUACUAGACCAAUGCAAAGGGGCCAAGUCAUUGUCAAGGAAACUUACGAAACGCCUGGAAGAACUCAUACAAGAGUCGUCGGCGCUCAAAGCCCCUCUUAUUCCCCAGCUGCAAGCCCUGAACAACUUAGUUUCCGAACUAGUAAAUUUCGGCAUACAGCUUGCUCAACAAAUCAUGCCUCAUUUGAGCGAUGCCCGUGGCGAGAAAGAAGCAUUCUCGUUAACGAAAGUACUCUCAUUCGUCAAACAGGUCGCGGCCUCUACAGUGGGCAAAGAUCGAAAAGAUGGUGUCUCUUCUUGGGAAGCCGUAGCUGAAUACAUUGCACGGCUCAUCAGUGAGGCAGCAGCGUUGGUACCUUUGGCCAUGGACCCUGUCAACGUGACGAAGAUCACGGGCACGGCACCAUGGGUUGUCCGCGUCAACGAGAUCAAAGCCAGCACCGCUGUCAAUAUUGAGGCGGAGCGUAAGGUCGCGCAGCUGAGCGAUGAGAUCCAAGGGUUAUACCGCUCCCUCAAGUCCAAAGACCAGACUAUCCAAGAGGCGGGUGUUAAGAUCGAACUCAUGGAACGCCGCAUGGAGACGGUUAAGAAGCAAGCGGAUACCAUCGCUGAACUCGAGAGCGAGCUUGGGAAGGCACGGAAGCAAGAACGUGCCUACGAGGAAGCCAUGGAACAGCUGCAAGCCGACCUCGAUGCUUUGGAACAAGACAAUGCUAAGCUCACGAGCAUGUCAACUGGUCCGCAGAGAGAACGUGAGUGCCUCUUGCUCCUCCUCGUCCUCUCGCCUAGACAUGAUUUCGCAGCUUCGGGUGUACAACCCGUGGAAGCAGAAACUGUUGCCGUGGAAGGUAGCCUGGAGACGAGCUACCUACUCGAGCAGUUGGAAGCGUUACGCGGGACGGUUCGUUUCCUCCGAAUGGAAAACUCUUACCUCAAAGGACAAGAUCUUCUCCGAGAGAUACAGACUCUUCCGCUCCUUCCGGAGCCGAUCAACAGGGAGCCCACGCCGCCGUUAGAACCGUCUGGUCUGUCAGACACUGACUCGGACUCGGAUGAGCCAAGUUCGCCCCCGACCUUGCGCUCUCUGGCAACCGAAACAAAGCUGCUCUACCGUGAUGUCAUCAAAUUCUCUACGACUCCACGGGUCGUUGACCUUUCCGAGUUGAACGCGAGACGGGCUGAGGGUAAGGCGAAGAGCUGGGUGCCUAGGAAAAAGAAUCCUGCUCAGCAAGUGUAUGAGCGCAAGAUGGAGGCCGAGCGCCUGACUCGGCGCGUCAGAGGUUUACUUGAGAAGGCGAAUACGAUUGCUGCGGUCCGCUAGCGUAUGAUUAUUGUCUCUAUACAUACCCGCUUCCCGAUAUCCUAUGGCUGAUUUUAGUAUGUAUUUUAUAUGCUCUUAAUCAUGAAGCAUGUUUUCUAGCUCACAUGGUAUCGCUUAUGUACGGAGUAUUGUUUGUGCCAUUGGCGCGAAACUCAUGCACAUUGUAUUCUGC